CCAGCAAACAAGCUCUCUCAAGGCACUAUCUAGCUGACUAGAAUAGACCGCUCGAUAGAGUAGCAUUGUAAGCAACACCCAUAGACCGAUCAUGGCGGCGCGCGCCAUUGUUGUCCUCUCGCUCAUCCUCGCGCUGGUCGCCAUCGCCAGCGGAGGAGCGUCGGCGCAGCUGUCGUCGGGCUUCUACUCCCGCUCGUGCCCUGGCAUGCUCAAAGCCGUGCGCUCGGCGCUGCACCCGGCCAUCGCCAGGGAGCGCCGCGUGGGCGCCUCCAUCGUCCGCCUCUUCUUCCACGACUGCUUCGUCCAGGGCUGCGACGCCUCCCUGCUGCUGGACGACGCGCCGGGCCUGCGCGGCGAGAAGAACGCCACGCCCAACAAGAACUCCGCCAGGGGGUUCGAGGUAAUCGACGCCGUCAAGGCGGCCGUCGAGGGGUGUUGUCCCGGCGUCGUCUCGUGCGCCGACAUCCUCGCCAUCGCCGCUGAGGAGAGCGUUGUCUUCCUGGGUGGCCCGAGCUGGGAGGUGAAGAUGGGGCGGAGAGACUCGACCACGGCGAGCUUCAACGGCGCCGAGAACAACAUCCCGCCGCCGACGUCGGGGCUCGCCAACCUUACGUCCCUCUUCGCCGCGCAGGGGCUCUCCCAGAAAGACAUGGUCGCACUCUCAGGAGCCCACACAAUCGGCCUAGCACGCUGCACAAACUUCCGGGACCACAUCUACAACGACACAAACAUCGACGCCGGCUUCGCCAGGAGCCGCCAGUCAGGCUGCCCUCGUGCUACCGGCUCAGGCGACAACAACCUGGCGCCGCUAGACCUGCAAACCCCCACGGUCUUCGAGAACGACUACUACAUAAACCUCGUCCAGAAGAGGGGCCUCCUGCACUCAGACCAGGAGCUCUUCAAUGGUGGCGCUGCCGACACGCUGGUCCGGGAGUAUGUCGGUAGCCAGAGUGCCUUCUUCAAGGACUUUGUGGAGGGAAUGAUCAAGAUGGGGGACAUCACGCCGCUGACGGGGUCGAACGGACAGAUCAGGAUGAACUGUAGGAGGGUCAACUAAGAUUGUUCUCCCCUUUCCGCAGCAACAAUCCGAUGUUGUUACCAUGCUUGAUUUGCCCCUUUUCACUUAAACUCGUUUGUUUCCUUUUCUUUUAAGGUUAAAAUGUUAAAAUAUAUUACAAUACUGCCCUUUUGUGGCAUGUUCAUGGAA